AUGGUUCGUUCCAAAACAAAAGCUAGGAUGAUGUCCAACGCAGCUAACCCUCCGCGAAUUACCUGUAGGAUGAGCGUAGCACCCAGUAAGUGUACCCCUAAGAAGCCGUAUAGGUACAGGCCAGGAACUGUGGCGCUAAGAGAGAUCAGAUGGUAUCAGAAGAACACAUUUCCACUGAUCCCGAAACUUCCAUUCGAAAGACUGGUGAGAGAAACAGGCCAAAUUUUGAAGGCAGGGUUACGUUUCCAGAGCAGCGCUAUUGAUGCUCUCCAAGAAGCAGCUGAAGUUUUUCUCGUUGAAUUGUUUCAGGACGCCAAUUUGUUUGCCAUACAUGCCAAGCGAGUGACUGUCAUGCGUGAAGACUUCCUGCUUGCUAAAAGGAUUCGGGGUGAUAAACCUUGA